UGGCUCCACGAAGGCCCCUAUCCCCCAACCCCACCUCACUAUCACCAUGGUGGACCCUAAAGACACCGACCUUCCCAGCAUUGCCAGGAUCGAGCCAGAUGUUUAUGAAACCAGUGACCUGCCUGAGGAUGAUCAAGUCGAGUUUGAUGCGGAGCUGGAGGAGCUGAAGAGCACAAGUGUGGAGCACAUCAUUGUCAAUCCCAAUGCCGCCUAUGACAAAUUCAAAGACAAGAGAGUGGCGACAAAGGGACUGGAUUUCUCAGAUCAUACUGGAAAAAACAAGAGAACAGGAUAUGAAUCUGGAAAAUAUGAGAAUAUGUCUGGGGCAGGCUUGGGAGUGAAGGAGAAACCCCAGCAAAAGUACCAGCAACUAUUGCAUGAGGUCCAAGAGCUGACAACUGAAGUUAAGAAAAUCAAGACAACACUGAAGGAGUCCACCACUGAAGAGAAACUGAACCCAGUGAUGUUGGCAAAACUGCUGGCCACCCUGAAGCAGCCUGUUGCUUCCCACCUGGAGAAGCUGCUGGGACCAGAUGCAGCCAUCGACCUUACUGACCCUGAUGGAGCUCUGGCUAAGUGCUUGCUGCUGCAGCUGGAAACCAUCAAAAACAGCAAAGGAACCAGUUCAAGGGGAAAGACCACAGGGACUCCUGUAGAGAGUAGCCUCAUCACUUAUGGACUACAUUCUCAGCCUGAACAGGACAAGUUCUCUCAAGCUGCUGAAGUUGCAGAACUUGAGAAGUGCCUGACAGAGCUGGAAGCAACUGUAUGCUGUGAUCAGGAUGCUCAGAACCCCCUUUCAGCAGGUGUUCAGGGUGCCUGUCUCAUGGAGACUGUAGAACUAUUGCAAGUAAAGGUGAACGCCCUGGACCUCGCAGUUUUGGACCAAGUGGAGGCUCGGCUGCAGAGUGUCCUGGGAAAGAGGAAUGAGAUUGCCAAGCAUAAAGCUUCUGUAGAAGAUUCAGAUGCACAAAGCAAGGUGCACCAGCUAUAUAGCACUAUACAGGGCUGGAGCCCCAUUUCCUACCCCCUUCCUGGGCUGGUGCCGAGACUCGUCACCACCAAGCAGCUGCUUGAGCAAGCCAUGCAGUUUGGUCACCUCCUGACUCACUUGGAUACCACACAGCAAAUGACUGCUAGCUCUCUCAAGGACGACACCACCCUCCUGACCCAGGUGCAGACAACCGUGCAUGAGAACCUGUCCACGGUUGAGGGGAAUUCUGCCAACAUUGACAAACAGAUGAAGAAACUGGGAAAGUGA